AACAUCCUCUUCUGUGAUAUUUUGACAAUUUUUCAAUGCCAUAAAAAAAGUUUUCUUGAUUCGAUCAUUUAAUAUGAAAUUUCAUUCAAGUGAUGGUAAUUCGUGUAUGAAUUUCUUCAAAUAUUAGAAAUUAAGAUGACAUCUCAAAACAUCAACAUAUUUGUACAUUGUCGAAGAUUAGAUACGAACUAAAGAAAAUCAUACACCUUCGUUUCAUGAAGCAUAAAUUUGCUUAAACGAAUUUGUUUCUGUACAUUCAAAAUGAUUAGUGGAAAAAAUUCAUUAAACAACAAUGAAUUUACACAAAUCAAACAUUGUCCAUUAGCAAAAUUAGGCCGACGUUCACCUCCUAGCACACACUGUACUUCAAACAACAAUAACAAUGAUUCAACAACGAAUCAACAAUUGGAGGAAUCGAAUUUAAUAUUUAAAUCGUUAUCGUUGACCUCGAAUUCGAACAACGAAUAUCCGAAUCAACGACAUCGAUGUUGUGCUCGUGGCGUGUGCGACAACAGUCUUAACGAUGACUUCAAUCAACAGCAAGUUGAACAGUUUGAACGGUUCAAGAGUCCCACAGUUCAACACAAUCAAGUUGAACGAUUUAAUUGUUCAAGUAAUCAGCAGGCACAAUUUGAACGAUUUAACUGUUCAAGUAAUCAACAGGCACAGUUUGAACGGUUUAAUUGUUCGAGUAAUCAAUCGAGUCAUCGUAGACGAUUCCAUCAUUCGACGAACAAGUAUUUGCAACAGGAACAACAAUGCCACAGUCCAAGUUUUGAUCAAGGAUAUCACACGUUGAUUUCUCAAUCUCCAAGUGUUAGUUUGUUAGUGUCUCAAUCUGGAAGUACACCAUCAGCCACGCAUCAACAGCAACAACAACAACAACGCUUCAAUCAACAGCAACAGAUGUAUUUAUUAAAUAAUAAGAAACAAUCAACUUCCUCAACAGCAUAUCAACAACAUUACCAUUAUCAACAAUCACAACAACAAUCUCAACAAUCACAUUAUCACAUAAACAACAGCUAUUAUUAUAAUUAUUACAACAAUACCACACUUCUAGAUGGAGUAUCAGCAACGGGUACAGCGAUCCAUCCUAAUUCAAGAUCCGCUCCAAUCACCAUAACAAUGCUGACCGAUAACUUACUGCUGAAAAUCUUCAAAUGGUUAAACACAAUCGAUUUGUACGAAUGUACAAACGUUUGUAAACGGUUUGAGUAUGUGAUCUGUAAACAUGUUACGUCAUACAAGUCAACACAUCAACAGAUCAGCAACAGUAACAGUAAUGUUAAAUACAGCAACAGUUCUACUGACAUGAAUGAUAGCAUGUCGAUGACGAUGACAUCAUCAUCAUCAUUAUGGCGAAUCAUACAAAUAAAAGGAUCGAACAUGAACGCUGAUUAUAUAUUACAUAAUAUAUUAUGUAAAUUAAUUAAAUUUAAUAAUAAUAACAGCAAUAGUAGUAUUGUUUAUGAGAAUACGUCGAUGUCGGCCAUGUCAGCCAUGUCAGCAUCGUCAUCGUUAUCGUCAUCUUGUUGUUAUAUAUGUAAAAAUAAUAGAUGUUUAUUAAAUAAUAAUGGUAGAAUGGAGAAUAGUGGUACUGGUACAGGUGAUUUAGCACAUAUUGAACGUAUUUUUAUAUUAGAUGGUGCUCGAUUAACAGAUGCUGGUCUUUACAUGUUAACACAAUGUGUUGCGCACACGUUAACACAUUUACAAGUACAGGGAUGUUCGUCAAUUACCAAUCAUAUUUUAUAUGAUUUUAUUCAUAAGUGUGUACAUUUACAACAUUUAGAUAUUUCUGGGUGUACAAAAAUCUCAACAUUUACAACGUUAAGUACAGCACAACAAGCUCAAACACAAGCUCAACAAGCACAAACAUCAACAAGCUCUUGUUUAGAAUCAAGCUCAGCUGGUGAUCGUUGUUCAUCGUUAACAUUCGAUAAUAAUACGAGUAACGAUAAUAAUCAUUCAAAUAGUGGAGGUGGAGGUGCUUGUAGUGGUAAUCAUUCAAGUGGUGGGGAUAAUAUGAUUGCAUCAUUAACAUUGGCCGCUUUUAAUACUAAAAAAUUUCAAUUGCAAUAUUUGGAUUUAACGGAUUGUUCAUCGAUUGACGAUUAUGGAUUACGAACGAUUGUUGUACAUUGUCCACAACUUAUUUACUUGUAUUUACGACGAUGUCUUCAAAUCACAGAUGCUGGUAUCAAGUGUGUGCCCAGUUUCUGUUCAGCACUACGUGAGUUAAGCGUAAGCGAUUGUACAAAUUUAACAGAUUUUGGUUUGUAUGAACUAGCUAAAUUAGGUGCUACAUUACGUUACUUAUCCGUUGCGAAAUGUGACCGAGUCAGUGAUCCAGGUCUUAAAGUGAUCGUACGACGCUGUUACAAGCUACGCUAUUUAAAUUGUCGUGGUUGUGAAGCGGUGUCAGACGAUGCAAUCACUAUACUAGCUCGUUCCUGUUCACGACUACGUGCUUUGGAUAUUGGUAAAUGUGAUGUGACCGAUAAUGGACUAAGACAAUUGGCUGAAUCAUGUCCAAAUUUAAAGAAACUCAGUUUACGAAAUUGUGAACUGAUUACUGAUAAGGGGAUACAAUAUAUUGCGUAUUAUUGUCGGGGUCUUCAGUUGCUCAACAUCCAAGAUUGUCAAAUUACAAUUGAUGGCUAUCGAGCUGUUAAAAAGUUUUGUAAGCGUUGCGUUAUUGAACAUACAAAUCCAGGUUUCUUUUAAAACUUGGACAGUGGGCACCGAAAAGAGAAUGCUUCGAAUUUUGAGUCAUUUGAAUUUUGCAAAGUUUGCAAAUACAAUCAAAACCGGUUAUACGGAUCCACAAUUAUG